AUGGCUCACCUAAUACGACACAAGCUCUCCAACAAGCUGACCAAUGCGGCCAACACGGUCUCCAACAAGUCCCAGGCCAAGGUCAGCGGGGUGUUCGCCCGGCUGGGCUUCCAGGCCGCCACGGAUGAAGAAGGUCUGGGGUUCGCAGAGUGCGACGACCUGGACUAUGACUACAGGCAAGGCAUGCAGAUGGACGUCCUCCAGGAGGGAGAGGAGGGAGGGCCGGCUGCAGGAGAGGAGCUGGCCGGGGACAGCCACUACCAGAGGGACGGCACCGGCCAGAGGGACGGCACCGGCCAGAGGGACGGCACCGGCCAGAGGGACGGCACCGGCCAGAGGGACUCGACCAUCAAGGCCGGCGGCUCUCUGGACGAGGACAGACCGCAGAUCACCACGUGGGAAGCGGGCUGGAACGUCACCAACGCGAUCCAGGGCAUGUUCGUCCUCGGCCUGCCGUACGCCAUCCUCCACGGCGGCUACCUCGGCCUCUUCCUCAUCAUCUUCGCGGCCGUGGUGUGCUGCUACACCGGGAAGAUCCUGAUCGCGUGUCUGUACGAGGACAACGAGGACGGCAUCAAGGUGCGCGUGAGGGAGUCCUACGUGGACAUCGCCAACGCCUGCUGCGCGCCACGCUUCCCCGCGCUGGGCGGCCACGUGGUGAACGUGGCCCAGAUCAUCGAGCUGGUCAUGACCUGCAUUCUCUACGUCGUGGUCAGUGGCAACCUGAUGUACAACAGCUUCCCGGGGUUCCCGGUCUCCCAGAAGGCCUGGUCCGUGGUGGCCACGGUGGCGCUUCUGCCUUGCGCGUUCCUGAAGAACCUGAAGGCCGUGUCCAAGUUCAGCCUGCUCUGCACCCUGGCCCACUUCGUCAUCAACAUCCUGGUGAUUGCCUACUGCCUGUCCAGGGCACGCGACUGGGCCUGGGACAAGGUCAAGUUUUAUAUCGAUGUGAAGAAGUUCCCCAUCUCAAUCGGCAUCAUCGUGUUCAGCUACACCUCCCAGAUCUUCCUCCCCUCCCUGGAGGGAAACAUGCAUAAGCCCAGCGAGUUCCACUGCAUGAUGGAGUGGACGCACAUCGCAGCCUGCGUCCUCAAGGGCCUCUUCGCCCUGGUGGCCUACUUGACUUGGGCAGACGCCACCAAAGAGGUCAUCACAGAUAACCUGCCGUCGACCAUCCGGGCCGUGGUGAACCUCUUCCUCGUUGCCAAGGCGCUGUUAUCUUACCCGCUGCCGUUCUUUGCUGCAGUUGAGGUUCUGGAGAAGUCCUUGUUCCAGGGUGGCGGGAGAGCCCUCUUACCUGACUGCUACGGCCCUGGCGGGCAGCUGAAAUCCUGGGGUCUGGGACUUCGAAUCGUGCUGGUAGUCUUCACCUUGCUCAUGGCCGUCUUUGUCCCCCAUUUCGCCCUCCUUAUGGGUUUAACUGGGAGCCUCACCGGCGCCGGCCUAUGCUUCCUCCUGCCAAGCCUCUUCCACCUGAAGCUCCAGUGGAGGAAUCUCCUGUGGCACCACGUCUUCUUCGAUGUUGCCAUUUUUGUAAUCGGGGGCAUAUGCGCCAUAUCUGGCUUCAUUCACUCCGUUGAAGGACUUAUAGAGGCGUACAGGUACAAUAUCCACGACUGA